AUGACGGGCAGCAUCGAUGUCAUUAUUCUUCGUAUCACCCUUACCAUCAACUUUGGCAACGUUAACAACCUGGAAAAAUUGGAAAAGACAGUGACGGUAUGUCAAGUAGGCCAUGCUCUGUGGACCAUCGUUCUUGUGCUCCAAAAGGGGUUCAUUAAAUAUGAACUUCUUAAAAAUAAACUUAAAGAGUCGAUGCUGUGUUCCUUCUUCCACAGGCCUAAUACGCCGGAGUCAAUCACGAAACUACAAAAUAAUCUGUUAGCUGGUGUUGGAGACAAUGAAGCAACGAAAUGGGUUUGUCGCAAGGCGAAGGCUCCUGGUUUGGUGGCCUUCGUGUAA